AUGCGCCGCGGAUUCUUGCUGCAAAAGUCCCUCUGCCUGGACGAGAAAGUGAACAAGUCGACACAGGAAUCAGCGAGGCCUAUCAUUAACGUCUCCAAGGGUUCAAUUGCGAUACCCUCAGGUCCACUUCCGUCUUAUAUCAAUACUCCUGAUGUCGGAUUUUUGCCUUCGGCUACCAAUCGCGUUAUCACGAGUCUGCCCUUACCCUCGCAAUGUCUGCGGGGCGAACGUUCAGUUACGUGCAUAUUAUUUCAAGGAAUGAAGGAAGCAAUACUUGCAACUCCUGGUUUCCCUGCGCCUUUAGCCAUUCCUUUUCCCUCUGUGUACAGACUGGAUUCAAUUGAAGGAGCGGGAUUAGGCAUGUUUGCGACCGUGGACCUGGAUCCUGGAGAUCUCAUUGCCUGCGAGAGACCUCUUAUGGUCUGUACGGCGUAUAUGCCGAUCUCUUUGCGAGAUGGCGAUCUGCAUCCCAACCAAGUUUUGGAGCUUGCAGUCUAUCAAAUGAUGUCUGAGGAUGGUCGUCGCGCCUUUCUUUCUCUCCACAAAUGCAAGGGCAACACCGUGCCACUCGUCAACAAUAUCUUGGACACGAACUCUCUGCCUGUUGGGAAAUUGCCGGGGUAUGAUGGGUUUUGCUGUGGCGUCUCUAAGGAUAUUUCUCGAGUCAAUCAUAGUUGCUCUCCAAAUGCGUGCCAUCGAUGGGAUUUGAUGUCAUUUUCCUUCGAACUUCGUGCGCUCAAGAAAAUACUGAAGGGCGAGCAGAUUACUAUCGGUUAUGGCAACCUCGUCUGCCCGCGUAGUGAACGCUGGAAAAUGGAGUUGAAAAUCAGUGAAGCGCGGAGAGCGGUAAUGAAGAGAAUUCAAGACACGCCCUACGACGAUGCUGAGCUAAACGCGUGGUUGAAGAGCUCUGAUGCCACGUCCGAUAUCAUUAUCAAAAGAUACGAGUCUGUGGCACUAGCGAUGGAAGCAGAAGGCCUUUACGUCGAAGACUGUUGGCCAGUGUGCUAUCAGCGCCUUUGCAAGAUUUAUUGUGCCUUAGAAAAUAUGGAGGAGGCGCGGAAGUGGGCGAAACAUGCUGAGGGGCUUUGCAGGGCUUUCACGGGAAAAGACGGCGGAUGGUCCGCCGUCGCUGCUGCGCCUCAGUCCACUAAUUGGUGGGGAUUGAAGACGCAUUUUGGGUCAGCGAAGGCGGCUUAG